CAACCUGUUGACUGCAAACCUACCGCAUCAAACAGAAAGAGAAGAGAAGAGCAACAAGAGAAACAACUGACUUACACCAUGAUCUCCACAUUACAGAAAAUCAUUAGACCAGUAUGGGCUGUCAGAGGGCUGCAUAAGUCUGCAGUGGAAGUCUUGAAACACCCGGCCCCUGAGGACACAGUCACAGCCAGCUUUGGGAAGUUCAUCAGUGAAGUAAAGCCUCAGCACUUGUCUCCUAUGGUACUCCACCGCAGCAAAAGAAUGGUGUUGGACAGCAUUGGAGUUGGUCUGAUUGGCAGCACAACAGACGUGUUCGAAUUGGCUCUGCAGCACUGCCAGCACAUGUAUGCUCCUGAUGACAUCAGCUCCGUGUACGGACGCAGGGGCACAAGACUUUCCCCAACACUAGCAGCUUUCGUCAAUGGAGUGGCGACUCACUCCAUGGACUUUGACGAUACAUGGCACCCAGCAACUCAUCCCUCAGGAGCAGUUCUUCCUGCUGUGUUAGCACUCAGUGAUAUGAUGCCUGCUAACAGCAAACCUAGUGGCCUAGACUUCCUGUUGGCGUUCAACGUUGGCAUUGAGAUCCAGGGCCGACUGAUGAGGUUCUCUAAUGAGGCCCACAACAUCCCCAAGAGGUUUCACCCUCCCAGUGUGGUGGGGACCAUGGGAAGUGCAGCCGCUUGUGCUCGCCUCUUGUCUUUGGAUCACUCCCAGUGCAGUCAUGCCUUAGCUAUAGCUGCUUCUCUAUCUGGAGCCCCAAUGGCUAAUGCUGCCACUCAGGCUAAACCCCUCCACAUUGGUAAUGCCUCACGUUUGGGUCUGGAGGCUGCUCUGCUGGCCUCCCGAGGCCUAGAAGCGAGUCCUCUGGUCCUGGAUGCUGUUGCUGGGGUGGCUGGCUUCAGUGCUUUUUAUGAAGACUAUGUGCCGCAGCCUAUAAAGUCACCCAGUGACGAUGGCCAUAGGUUCCUGCUAGAGGAGCAGGACAUGGGCUUUAAGCGCUUCCCUGCCCAUCUGGGGAUGCACUGGGUGGCAGAUGCUGCGGCCUCGGUCCAUAAGAUUCUUGUGGGGUUUGGGCCUGGCACUGUCCACCCAGAUCAAGUCCAAGACAUCCUGCUCAGAGUCCCCAAAUCAAAGUACAUCAACAGGCCUUUCCCCGACUCUGAGCACGAGGCACGCCACUCCUUCCAGUUCAAUGCUUGCAGCGCUCUCCUGGAUGGCGAGGUGACAGUGCAGUCCUUUACACCUGCUGCCAUAAUGCGCCCUGACCUGCUCGCUCUGCUAAGCCGUGUUCGCGUGGAGCAUCCCCAGGACAACCCAGCUAAUUUCAACCGCAUGUAUGGCGAAGUCCAGGUGUCACUUGUGGGGGGAGACAUUCUGAAGGGACGCUGUGACACCUUCUACGGUCACUGGCGCAACCCGCUGACCAAUGAGAGCCUGAGGAAAAAGUUCAGAAACAACGCAGGAGAGGUGCUUCCCUCAGAGAAGGUUGAGAACUUGGUUGAUGUGGUGGAGGAGCUGGACAGACUCGGGGACUGCAGGGACCUUCUCUCACAACUGCAAUGAACAUGACACAUACAAUAACAGCAAAACAGAACUUAUUGUACAUAAAUAAACUACUAGAUACAUUUUAUCUAAACAUUUGCUGUAAAAUGUAUUUAAAAUGUCACAUUUAUCCAAAUCAAUUCUGGAGAAUAUCACAUGUCCAAAUACAAUACAAAGAUGUUACAUAAAAAAGCAGCUAUAGGCCACUAAACUAUACACAAUUAUGUCUCUUUUUCAAAUGUCAGUUGAGCCAUGUCAGGACAUAUUUAUCUAAUGAACAAUAUGCAAAUUUAUUUUAUUGUAUUAUUCUAUUCUAUAUUAUUUUGUUUCAUUAGAAAAUAAAUAUAAGUUGUAUAAAGUUUUCUAGUUAUAUUGCAACGGGAAAAUGAAGGAAUAUUUAUCUAUUGAUCUAAAAUUUUCAAAUAUCAAUAUUUUACAUAUAGAUAUGAAUAGUGCAAAGUACUGUACUGUGUUUUUUGUGCCAAAUUAUGGAUUGUUCAAAUGUUCAUUUAAACAAAUGUCGCAAAUUUUGUGUGUAUUUCGAUUUUAAUAAAACUACUCAAAAACAAA